AUGCCAAGAGGAAGCAGAAGCCGGAGCUCAAGGGUCGCCCCUCCAGCCAGCCGGGCUCCUCCUCCCCCCAUGGCCCGUGCUGCGCCUCCUCCUGCCCAUGCCCCUGUUCCUAUGCAGCCACAGCCUUCAGCAGUGGGUGCUCCAGCGGCUCCCAGGCAGCCCGGUAUGUUUGCCCAGAUGGCAACUACAGCAGCUGGUGUAGCGGUGGGAUCGGCAGUGGGCCAUACCAUUGGCCAUGCCAUGACGGGAGGCUUUGGUGGAGGACAUUCGGAGCCUGCCCAGCCUGAUGUCACUUACCAGGAGCCUUACCAGGCACAGCCAUACCAAGCUCAGCCCAUGUACCAGCAGCCACAGUCUAUGUACCAACAAGAGCCUCAGCAGCAGGCCUGCUCAUAUGAACUCAAACAGUUCAUUGAAUGUGCACAGACUCAGAGCGACUUCAAACUCUGCGAAGGCUUCAGUGAAGUGCUCAAACAGUGCAAAUUCUCAAAUGGUCUAUCAUGA